CACUCCUAAUCUGCAGAGGUGAAUAUAAGAGGUCCCGCAGCCCCACCUGGCCUUCAAAGCAAACCUAGUAUAGACCCACACACACAUCUACUAAAGAGAGCCGUGCUCAGAGCUCACGUCCACUGGUCUGGCUAGCCUUCACCCAAGAACCCGUUGAGGAGAUCUCAUCAAGACGACAACACUUCAGAGGGGGAUUGAACACAUAACCACCUGCACAAAAAAAAACAGCUAACUACUAACCAUGAAUCUCGAGGUCCCCAAGUUGGAGAUCAAGUCUGCCACCCGUGUCACCGGGGGCCCUGCCACGCCACGCAAGGGACCCCCUAAAUUCAAGCAGAGACAGACUCGCCAGUUCAAGAGCAAGCCCCCCAAGAAGGGAAUCCAGGGCUUUGGUGAUGAUAUCCCUGGAAUGGAGGGUUUAGGCACUGAUAUCACAGUCAUCUGCCCCUGGGAGGCCUUCAACCACCUGGAGCUUAGCGAGCUGGCCAAGUAUGGUAUCAUCUAAAUCUUUCAGAUCUCCACCAUCCAUCCCACAAUCCUCUACUUCCACCUACUUACAACCAAAGAUUGUGGAUACAUGAAGAUAGUUCACUCAAGCAGUUUACUAUUGUAAAAAAUAUUCAAUGUUCCCAUCUGUGGAAGUGGGUGUUCCCUCUCUUUCGUGAGCAUGCUUUCCCGCGUAAGCUCACAGUUCCUCCAUAAUAACUGGCAUGUACACACGAGAAAGGAAACAGCUGGCUCUGGUUUAGUUAUUGUCUCUGAGCUAGAGAGAUGUCUCACUCUGGGGCACCCCCUCCGCAGGGUGGGGGCAAUAACUAGACCAGAAUGUCCCCACCCCAAUCAGCAAAAAAUGAAGGUGGGAUGUGUCGCUUUCUCUACUGUCUCUGUUCAAACCAUCCAUCGGCCCCCAGCCCUCUCACUGUGUUUGACUGAAACUAUCAAAACAUAUACCAAAGUGAAGAACCCCCCCCCCCCCUCACCCUCCCCCAAAAAAGGAAAGCGGUACAGAAAAUAACCGUCUCCAUCUUUAACUGGUUUCUUCUUUUGUUUCUGCAGCUGCCAAAGUUCACAUACAACAUGUCUGCUCAUGAUUAGGACUCUGUUCUGGUAUCUCUGUCUAUCUUUAUCAGGUUUGCAGCGAUAUUCUAUCUAGGAUUAACCAGCAGCCAUUUUCCUUUUCUCUCCUCCCCUAUCUCCAAGCGCUUCUCUUCUUCUAUCCUCUUAUUUUGCUCCUCUUCUUCAUGGUACACAACUUUCAAUUUACAAAAAGCAAUGCAGUCUCAAAGGUUGAGUAAACAAACAAGUGACAUACCCGUGAAAUGGGUGGGUUCUCAUUUCACGUGCCUCGGCACUUCUUUUAUCAUCAUAGAUGAAAUCUGUCAUCGAUGCCGAAUAUCACACAUAUAAAAUCUGAUUCCUGUAGAGAUGAGACAGUUGCUUGUCAUGGCUCAGCAUAAUCUGUAGUCUGUCACUGGUACAAUGUGGAUGAAACAACAUCAUCCUCCUCCCCCUUUCCUCUCCCUCAGGAUCCCCAAUCCUUCGCUGGUAGACACACGACUUUUAACAGAACAAGGAUUCUAUCAUUCUAUCGUCCUGUUUAACUCUGGCAUCCUUAUUUUCCACAUUUUGUAUAACAAAGAAGAAUUUGUGACUAUCUUUAUUAUGUAACGUAUAUUUUAACUAAGUAUUCUCAGGGAUAUGAACUUGUUUUAUGGCUUGGGAAAAAACACCUUGUCAUUGGCAAUUUUGGCUCUUGCUGUCUUUACUUUUACCACAAGCAGCAUAAUAGACAUUGAAUGGAGAUGAAUGAGUGUGCAACAUUACUACAACAGAUGCAGAUUCCCCCACAAACCUUAGAUGUCAAACUCGAUUUCUAAUUUGAUUCUCACCUGAUAAUCUACCAUACUAGGUCACUGUGAUUGGGCAGCAGUAGUGAUGUCUUGCGUAAUCUUGUUUAGGUUACCUUCCCCAAUGCUCAUGUUGACGUCUCUUUAUCACUUUAUUUAGCUGGGCAUGUCAUCUCUAUUUCAUGAACUUUCUCUAUAAUUCAUUCAUUCCAUCCAUAAUUUCAUCUCAUUCCACAAUUAUCAUGCUUACCAUUAUUUUGUUUGCUUGCGUUUCACUGUAGUCUCAUAUUUGUAUCGUAUUUCUUGAGAUCAAUGUACACUUAUGUAUACAUUGUGGCCAGUCACAUUUUAAUAGCAUAUAUAAUGUAUAGAUUUAUUUAUUUUAUUUUUGCAUGUUCUCUGUCUUUUACUUUGUCCAUCGCAUGUUGGCAUUGUGUCUUGUGUAUAUUGUGGGUGUUGCACACUUAUUUUAUCAUUAUGUCAUCUUUUCAUUAUGUCCAUUUUAUUUUGUACUUGUCCAUUUGUAGUUUGUGUUGUGUAAUCAUGUAAAGAUCAUCUUUCCUCAUCAUUAUCUCUCUAUCAUCUCAUCCAUCAUUCCUUGUGUUCUCACCAGAUAGCCUAGUGUUUCAUCAUCAUUGUAGUUGAUCAUUUCAUUUAAUCUCUAGAUAGAACAUUGACCUCCAUAUUCCUUGGACCAGCCUGCACUGAUACUGGCCUACAGAGUGUACAUUCUUAGUUCUAUGCCCAAUUAUGUCACUGAUUUGCAAAAUGUUAUACCGGCUGAAGAAUAACUUUUUAAAAUGCCCUUAACUUAUUUUUAUCUUACUAUUUUUCAUUCUUCUCCUUUUCUGGUAAAUGAGUUGAAGGCCAUGGAUAGCCUACAAAAGCUAGUUUGUGUUGGAAUCCUCAUGCUGACAGUGAAAAGUUGCUUGAGGGGUUUGUAGUCUUGCAGGAUGGAUGUCCACGUUGUCUCAGUUUCUUGUGAAUGUAAAAUUGGUAGCAGUGAAUGAAUGGUAAGAAAUAAGGGACGAGGAAGAUGGAUGCUUCAGCUGCCAACAUAGGCUACUCAUGUCAUCAGAGCUCUGUCCUUUGUACAGGAUCAAAUCAAAAUAAAGCUAAAAACAAAGGAAAAUAAA